AUGAAUACAUUUAACCACAUUGUCAAGAUUGCCCUUUUUACCCUCUUCAUCUACACUUCGGCCAACAACGGAAUUAACGAAAAUGGCUUUGGAAAAGCUGUAGGCACAAGGAACAUAAGAUGUCUUUCUGAAAUGAACAGAGAAUAUGGAAGACCAGAAUUCAGCGCGCAAGGUGAACAAAGCCAAUUUGUCAACGGGGAAAACGGAAAUGAACAAAAAGAUGGCAACAGAGAAGGCUACAAUUCUCAAAAUGGCCCAUUGAAUAAUAACUACCAAGGUCAAUUUGGCUCUGACCCACAAAUGCACGAAAGAGUCUACAGAAACACUGAUGUCCCAGAAUAUUACAACAACAACAACAACAUUAGAUACCUAUCCCCGGGAAAUAAUUUCAAUAAGGAGUUAUUUGAAAAAUUAAAGAACAACGCUGUAUUUAUCAUUCCAGCGUUACUACUAGGGUUCUAUAUUCUGAGGAACACGGGAACCCAUAGUUUAUUAAUGUUGGCUGCCAUUGCUGGUAUUUUAAUGUACACUCAGCACUAUGUCAGUUAA